AUGUCCGGUCAGAUUUCGGACAAAAUACGUGUCGGGAUGGCCGAACUGUACAACAUGAAAAUCGAAGGACUGGAUCAGGUCACAUUCACUGAGCCGUUGGAAUUCGAACGGCUACUGACCGUGCCCAACACGUACGCCGCGGCACCGAUUCGCGUGCGGCUCGAGUUGGCAUUCGACUAUUUGGAAGUGGAAGCAGAUGUCAAAGUUCGAUAUACCUAUUCUAAACGUCAGGUAGGACCGUGGUUGUGGGUGUGGGUAUGCACUGCGUUGAUGAUCACUAAGUUGGGAAUUGGAGUCGGAGGUGUCUAA